ACAGACCCGGAAGUGAAGCGAGGGAUCUGGGCGGAAGCGGAGCCGUUCUCCCCGGAAGCGGAAGAACGUGAGCGCUCCGGUGUUCAAGUCCGUUCGUUCCUCUUUCCUCUCGGUCCGGCCAUGGCGAACCGGACGGUGAAGGACGCGCACAGCAUCCACGGCACCAACCCGCAGUACUUGGUGGAGAAGAUCAUCCGCACCCGCAUCUAUGAGUCCAAGUACUGGAAGGAGGAGUGUUUCGGCCUCACUGCUGAGCUGGUGGUGGAUAAAGCCAUGGAACUGAGAUAUGUUGGUGGCGUUUAUGGUGGAAACAUCAAGCCUACACCAUUCCUCUGCUUGACCCUGAAAAUGCUGCAGAUCCAGCCUGAGAAGGACAUCAUUGUUGAGUUUAUAAAGAACGAGGAUUUCAAAUAUGUCAGAAUGCUUGGUGCAUUGUAUAUGAGAUUGACGGGCACUGCCAUUGACUGCUACAAGUACCUUGAACCACUGUACAAUGACUACCGAAAAAUAAAAAGUCAAAACAGAAAUGGGGAAUUUGAGCUGAUGCAUGUGGAUGAGUUUAUUGAUGAACUCCUUCACAGUGAACGUGUGUGUGAUAUCAUUUUGCCUCGACUGCAGAAACGUUAUGUUCUGGAAGAAGCGGAACAACUGGAGACUCGGGUUAGUGCUUUAGAAGAAGAUAUGGAUGAUGUAGAGUCCAGUGAGGAGGAGGAGGAGGAAGAUGAGAAGCUGGAGAGGGCACCUUCCCCUGAUCAUCGCAGAAGAGGCUACAGAGACCUAGAUAAACCUCGAAGAUCUCCAGCUCUGCGAUACAGGAGGAGUCGAAGCAGGUCUCCUAGAAGGCGAAGCAGAUCUCCAAAAAGGAGAAGCCCCUCCCCACGUCGGGAGAGACAUCGCAGCAAAAGUCCAAGGCGACACCGGAGCAGGUCCAGGGAGAGGCGCCACAGAUCAAGAUCUAAAUCUCCAGGGCAUCAUCGUAGCCACCGACACAGAAGCCAUUCUAAGUCACCUGAAAGAUCUAAGAAAAGCCAUAAGAAGAGUCGGCGAGGGAAUGAAUAAUGGACUAAAUCCACUAGGCAGUUUAGGGACCUUGAACUACAAUGUUUGUAGAUAGUGACCUAUUUACGUUAUGGAACAGCAGGACAGGUACUGGCUGCUUUGGCAGUCAGAUUUUUUUUUUUUUAAAUCUUCCUUCCAACCACCCUUUUAUCCCCUUCUUGUACAAGAGAGUUUUUUUUUUUUUUUUUUAAAGGCAGAGAAACUUUUAAUGUACACUAUUCGUUUAUCCUCCUAGUAGAAAGCAUUUCUUAGUGGGAGGAUGGUUGUUGUCUUUAAAUGGCUUUCUUGAAAGCCAGUGUAAAAUAUCAUAAGAGCAAGAUCGAGUUGUUUAAAAUACUUUGUACAUUUUUUAAAAUUGUUAUUAAAUGCUCUUGUUCCUAAACGCCA